UUCGGCUUCAUCUCCACUUAAAGGAGACGCAACAAAGAGCGACAGUAGUGGGCCCUGCUAACAGCGUGGCUUACUAUAGCUUUAAGAACUUAAAACAGGGUCUGGGUCUUUAAAAUGAAUUUUGUACAGUUAUUAUAGAGAUGAUAGACUAAGUUUUCUAUUUGUAGGCUUACAUUUUUGCACUAAAUUAGCAAAAAGAAGUAAGAGCGUCCUUUAAAAUAUGUUUGACAAUCGGAUCAGGGCCGUUAGCAACCCACUAUUUUUCAUAUUUUAUGCCUCCUGUUUAUUUCAAGCCAUGUUUAAUUUCGUAGAGAAUUUUUGAGGCGUUCUGAAGUAAGAGAAACCAACUUUAGCGGCGAUGGAGCCGCAGCUCUCGAACAACAAAGAGGAGGUGGAGAAUGAGACGGCCAUGGAGAAAUCCGCGGGGCAGAGUACCACAUCCACCCCGUGCAGGGCAAUCAGAGGACGCGGGGACGGCUGCCUGAAGACCGAAGUGACCUGCCCACCCGAAACAAACGGAGCCGCGACGAGCGUAGGGGGUUCCGGUCGGGUUUUACGUGACAGGUCAACGCGAACGAUUCCCGUGUGGAGGCAGAGCGAUAUCGGGGAGGACCGGGAUGAAGUGACACGCGACGCUGCGGCGAAUCGCCGGAGGAAAGCGAAAUGCCCGCGGCGCAGGAAGAACGUAGCAGCCGCCGCGGGUUCAUCGGAUGCGGGGAGAGAGUGCGGCGGUGACUGCGACCCUCUGGAUGAGUUUGAAGAAAACAAGGAUGCGCUGGUUAAUCGAGCGGCCCGCGGCAGACGGGUGCAGGUGCGCUCAGGGGCCCGCACCUGCCGGGGCUCGCCUAGGACUGUGUUUAAAAUUGAGCCAGAAAUGGACAUUGACUAUGUGGAGGCCAAUAAAGCGGUCGAAAAGACAGGAGCAAGUGUGGAGAAAAAGGAAGAGGAGAGCAUGGAUGAUGAGGACGUUGUAGAAGAGGAAGAGAAUCCAUUUUUGGAUGAUCCAAAAGAUGAAAACUACCUGCCCCAUUCACAUAGUGAGGAAGAGGAUGCUGUCAGCAGUGACGAAGACGUCCCUUUUAGAGACGACCUGAAUGACCAGAGCUAUGAUCCCAAGGACUUUCCUAAGGCAAGGCGCAGACCCCCUACUAGACUGAAGGAGAAGAAAGACAGGGCUGCAUUGCCAGAGACCGCAACCGAGCAAGAGACCGAGAUCAAAACCGAGGGAGGGGAGGGCACAGAUGUGCAGACCGCCGCUGAAGUCGAGGAAGGUGCCGAGCCACCCAGGAAAAGAGGGCGAAGACGGAAAGAUGAUAAAAGUCCUCGACUUCCUAAAAGAAGGAAAAAGCCGCCUGUGCAGUAUGUGCGUUGUGAAAUGGAAGGAUGUGGUACAGUGCUGGCCCAUCCGCGCUACUUACAGCAUCACAUCAAAUACCAACACCUGAUGAAGAAGAAGUACGUCUGCCCUCAUCCCUCAUGCGGACGACUCUUCCGGCUGCAGAAACAACUGCUGCGGCAUGCCAAGCAUCACACCGAUCAGAGAGACUACAUCUGUGAGUUCUGUGCUCGCGCCUUCAAGAGCUCUCACAACCUGGCUGUGCAUCGAAUGAUACACACCGGAGAGAAACCACUGCAGUGUGAAAUCUGUGGUUUCACUUGCCGUCAGAAGGCCUCUCUUAACUGGCACAUGAAGAAGCACGACGCUGAUGCCACGUACCAGUUCUCCUGCAGCAUCUGCGGCAAGAAGUUCGAAAAGAAGGACAGUGUAGUGGCUCACAAAGCCAAGAGCCACCCAGAGGUGCUCAUUGCCGAGGCCCUGGCCGCCAAUGCUGGACAACUCAUCACCACUCCUACUGGAGUCACCACGCUGCUGGAGACCUCCACGGGCUCCAUGCAGACAGAGCAGGUGGUCCCUGAGGCCCAGGUGAGCUCUGCAAUACCAGCGGGUCAGGUGGCCCCAGUGACACACAUGGGUUCAGUGAUGGUUGUGGAUCAGGAUCACCCACUACACACCAUGCAGGUACCAGUUACCCUGGCCUUGUCGUCGACAGAAGAGGAGAACAGAGCUCCCUCGCAGCAGACCUCCACUCACUCCCUGCAGAUGCCGCUACAGUUUUCCGUCUCGCAGCAACACCAAAUGCAUCAGAUACCCAUUCAGCCCUCCACUACCAGCAUCACCCAGCAGGCCGCUUUGGUCCAGCAGCUGCCCAUUCAGUCCUACAGCUCUCAAUCCCAGAUAGUCCACAUGGCCUUCAGAGGUCUUCCUCAGCAGCAGCCGCCACUGCUUUCUGUUGCUCAGCAGCUGCCUCUUCAAACCACCCAGUCACAUCAAACCCAGACCCUCCCUAGACCCCCAAGCCACAACCCGGCUCCCAAUACUCCCCUCCUCUCCCAAACCCUUCCCGAGACGCCCGCUGACUCCCGGAGCGUUUUAGGAUUCGGGAGCAAUCCUGCCCCCUUAUCUACAUCAACCCAGUCUUCCGCUACUCCUUUAGAGACAAGACAGGUAGUCUGGGAGGGAGACGGGACUAAUGAGAAUGGAAAUGGGGGUGGGGUUUGGGAGGUGGGUGGAGGGGGGGAGGAGCAAAACAUGACAGACAGUUCAGACGGCCAGAUACAGCGUGUUCUGAUGUAGUGAAGGAAGGAUGUUGAAGGUCUGAUAUGGAAGAUAGUGAGAUGACUGUUAUUUGUCGCACUCCUACAACCCCCUGAAGUUAAAUAUAUAGAGUCAUAAAUAUAUUGUAUGUAAUCGCAUUAACUUUUGGUAGCUUUGUAGAAAUGUGUGAACCAGGGAGACUGUGUUUGAGUUAUUGUCAUUGUUUAUUUUGUAUAUAAACAGUUAUAGUCCCCUACGACAACGACAUCUGUUUUGUGUGUGUGUGAGUGAGUGAGUGUGUUGUUUUGUGGCUGUAUAGGCUUCUACAGAACUUAAUUCACUUCAGUCUGUGUGAGUAAAGCCAUUAUGUGUAAGCAAACUUGUGCCAUCAUGUGGCUUGAAUUGGUACUGUAGAAAUUAGGGAUACAUCCAUAUUACACAUUAGCAGAAAAUUAUUUUGAUGUUAUGGUCAAUAUUAUAAUUCCAUCUUAUUUUGUCUAAGUAAUUGUAAAUAUAGCACAUAAAAAACAAAUACCUUUUUAAAAAUGUUAAAAGUUAAUUUAGGUAUCCUGUUAAAAAAAUAAUUUUGAAAUUUGUUAAAUGACAAUAAUAAUGGUUAUUAAAUUAUUCAUGUUUUUAAAAAUGAACUUUUAACUGACCAUUUAAUGAUGGCAAAAAUAAUAUAAAUGCAAAAAAAUCAGAAACUUAAAUAUUAUAAUUGCUGAUAUUCACCACUGUUCAAAUGUUUGGUGUAUUAUCAGUUUUGAAAGUUUUUUUUUUUUUUUUAAUUGCAGUAAACACUAAUAUUGUGAAAUAUUGGUACAAUUAAUUUUUUUUAAUUUUAAUACAUUUUAAAAUGUAUUAAUUCCUGAGAUGGCAAAGCUGAAUUUUCAGCAGCCAAUACUCUUCUGUGUAACGUGCUCACAAAACAUUUAUUAUUAUAAAUGUUGAAAACCGAUGUGCUGUGUAAACCAUGAUACUUUUUUGUUUCACGAUUUUUUUAAAUAACAGCCUUAACUUGAAAUAAUUUUUUGUUACAUUAUUUAUAAAUGUAUUUUCUGUCACUGCAUGCAUUUAAUGCAUCUUUGCUGAAUAAAUGCACUAAUUUCUUUCAAACAAAUCUGCCUCCGAACCUUUGAACAUUAUUGUAUAUCCCAUUUAAACUUAUAGGCUAACAAUUUUAUGAAAAAAAAAAACUAUAAUAUCUCUAGUAACAGAUACAACACCCAUAUAUUGUGAAUAUAGUUUGAAAAAAUAUAUUGACCAUAUACAUUUUUAGAGUCAUCAAGAACACAAUUUGUAUACACACAUUUAUUGUUUCGAAACCUUUGACUAAUGUAAGAUUAAAAAGGGUGGGUUUAGGAAGCCAGAUAAAACCCAAAUAAAAUAAUUACAUCUUUGCCUUACAUUGUUUUUUAAAUAUUUUCACUAGUCUCUCUCUGCUACUACUGACCACUCCACCAUUGUCUAUACAAUAUUUUCCUCCAGAGAAAGUCUGAAACACAUUUUACAGACCAAUUACCAUAAUCUCAUCAGUAGCAUAUUAACUCAAUUAAUAUAACACAGCAUUGUGGGUGUUUUGCCCAAAUUAUGUCAUAAAGACACUUAAGUUUAGAAUUUCUGAAUGUUAUAACGUUCUUAGGGGUGUGAGAGUCUGGCAUACUGCUUGAGUGCACGUUUUGGUGGAAUGAGAGAGUCAUUCACGCCCACUCUUCUCUUCUUUCGCUGUUCGCUCUCUUUUUCUCCGUCUUCCUCACAAGAAGCCGGUGAGACAUGAUUGUGUGAAACUGCAACGUUGUCUUUUGGUCCACUGUCAGAGGUGACCACGAGGUUACUCUGCAGAUCGCUGUCAUGUGCGAACUUGCAGCCGCUUCCAAAGCGGCAACGGCCAUUCUUCCUGUAGGCCACACAGAUGCGCUUACCGCUAAUCUGGGUGGGGCGAGCUUGUAAAGUAAGAGGUACAUGUUUCUGUAGGACAUUCAGUCUCUCCUCAGCCAGUUCUUUGAAGGGGUUAGCAAACACACUGCUGCCUGUAAGCGCUCCACCCGAGCUGGAUCCUCCCAGAGGUGGAGGUGGAAGCUUGUGUGUGCGAGGACGGACAGAUGGGGUUGGCAAGGGUUCUGAAAAAAAGCGAUCAGCAGCGGGCGGCUCCUCUUGAUCCUCAUUCUCUGGACCAGAUUCAGACUCACUGGAAAGCGAUUCCGAUUCCAACAGGAAAUUAUGGCUUUUUGUCUUAUCUACAGUACAUUCUGUCUUUUUGAAGGACCUAAGCAGAAAUAAUUAAAAAUGUUUAUCUAUAAAGUGAUACAUGAUGAUUCUCAGCUCAUUAAAGGAAAAAACAGACCUUU